AUAUAUAUAUAUAUAUAUAUAUAUAUAUAUAUAUAUAAUAUACAACAAUCGUAUCGUAAGGGGUUUUGUCGAUCGCGGAAGUCGAGUUCGGAGACGGAUGAUGUCGAAGUCGACUUCCGCUUCGGCGAGGGAGCACAUCGAGAGGGUGAGGAGGGAUCGGUUCUACAUCGGGAGGGAGGAGCGGAACCCACUUGCGGAGGACAUUCACCAGGCCGUCAACUACCUUUCCCAGGAACUCUACUCCAAGGAUGUCCACUUCCUCAUGGAACUCAUCCAGAAUGCGGAGGACAACGAGUACCCGGCGGAGGCGGAGGCGGCGCUGGAGUUCGUGAUCACGAUGGAGGACGUGACGGCGACGGGGGCGGAGGCGACCCUGCUGGUGUUCAACAACGAGAAGGGAUUCUCUCCGGCCAACGUCGAAUCCAUCUGCCGCGUCGGCAAGUCCACCAAGAAGGGCGUCCGCCACCGCGGCUACAUCGGAGAGAAAGGUAUCGGGUUCAAGAGCGUGUUUCUGAUCUCCAGCCAGCCCCACAUCUUCAGCAACGGGUAUCAGAUCAAAUUCAGCGAAGAGCCGUCGCCGGAAUGCGGCGUCGGAUUCAUCGUCCCCGAGUGGGUCGAAGAGAAUCCGAGCCUCUCCGACAUCCAGAAGAUCUACGGCUCAUUCAAGAGCCUCCCGACCACGGCCAUCAUCCUGCCUCUCAAGGCCGAGAAAGUCGGCGCGGUGAAACAGCAGCUGUCAGGCCUGCACCCUGAGAUCCUCCUGUUUCUGUCGAAAAUUCGAAGGCUCUCUUUCAGAGAAUUCAGCAGCGAUCCCAAGCUCGCUUCGGUCACCGAAAUAUCGAUAUCCAGCGAGGAGAACUUUCGGACGAGGAAGAACAUCGACGCCGAGUCUUUCACUCUCCACUUAUCCGCUAACGAGGAUGGGGACCAGCAGUGCAGUUACUACAUGUGGAAGCAGAAGUUCCCCGUCAAGCCCGAAUGCAGAGUGAGUAAAAGAGCAGAAGUCGAUGAGUGGGUGAUCAUCCUCGCGUUUCCGUUGGGACACCGGCUGAGCAGCAGGACGAGGCAUCCCGGCGUCUACGCAUUCUUGCCGACGGAGAUGGUGACCGGCUUCCCCUUCAUAAUUCAGGCAGACUUCCUCCUGAUAUCCUCGCGGGAGUCGAUAGUUUUGGACAGCCCGUGGAACAGAGGCAUCCUCGGCUGCGUGCCUUCUGCUUUCGUCAACGCUUUCGUCGCGCAACUCAAAACCAAUGAAGCCGCUCCCGCGAUUUCCCUCCCCUUCUCGUUCAAAUUUCUGCCCGUCCGCGCGUCGUCCAUCCCCGUGCUGGAUUCGGUCCGGGAGAUCAUCAAGAGCAAAGUAGUUGAAGAGCAUAUAAUGCCGUGCCAGUCCUAUUCGGCACAGAGGAUGUUUUGUAAGCCCCGCGACGUCAGUCGGCUGAAACCGGCCUUCUGGAAUAUACUGAUCGAGGCCGGAAGCUCGGGGGUGGAUUUGCAGAGUUUGUCGUCUCACGGAACUUACAUCCUGAGCUCCCAUCUUGAUACUGCAGAUUAUGAAGAUACUUUGGGCUUUCUCGGAGUGCGAUAUGUCGAUUCGGAAUGGUAUGGAAAGUGCAUCGAAGGAUGCGGUCUCGUGAAGGAACUCGCCGAGGAAGUUUACUUGGAGCUUCUGUGUUUCAUAGCCGAUAAUUGGUCGGCUGAUUUUGCGAGGACGAGCAUUUGGCAUAAACCUCUCCUCAAGUAUGUGGACGCAAACGGGGGGGUAUCCUUUUGGAGCAUAUACAGAGCAUCGCAAUAUAGCGAUCGGAUAUGCACCGCGGCCGAUACGAGCCAUGUUUCCUGGCUUAUCGACUGGAAUAAGGAAUUGGCUUACGCUUCUGAUCGGUUCUUUAUGCCGGAAAGCACGCAGAAAUCUCUAAAAGCAUUCUCUAAGCAGGGAACAUUGAUGGACUGGCUCAAGAUGCACGCGAAAGUGGAGGUUGUAAGUGUAUACAAUUAUGCGCUUCUUGUUGCGAAAGCACUGAAGGAUCGACGGCUAGUGAUCGCUUUCACCCACUUUGUAUACCACUCGGCUGCGAGGAACUACAUACCGGAAUGGUACAUGAACGAAUUGUGCUGUUCGAUGCCUCUCGUGGAUAACUACGGGUCCGUGAUCACGCAAACGGCUCGGAUUCUUGUUCCUGCUAAAGGGAGCAAGUGGGUCAGAUUGAUGGGCUCGAAUCCGUGGAGAGGUGAAAACUACGUCGAACUCGGAGCAGAUUACUUGUGCGGCGGAAACUUUGCGGGAAAUCGUACAUCCGAAAAUCAGCUCUUGGGGUUUCUAAAAAAAUACGCUCAAGCCGCCGAUGUGCCUUAUAUCCGUCCUCCUGAUGCCGCGUUUCCGACCGUCGCUUCUCCUUUGACAAAGGACAAUGCGCUGUUGCUUCUAGAAUGGAUUAGAAAUCUAAGGUCGAGCGGAGUGCAACUGCCUGUCAGGUUCUUGAAUUGCGUAAAGCACGGAAGUUGGCUGAAGACAUCAGUCGGUUACAAGCCCCCGUCAGAGUCCUUUCUCUCUAACGAAAAUUGGGGAAGUUUGCUUCAGAUUCAGUCCGUAUUGGUUGAUAUACCGAUGAUCGACCAGCAAUUCUACGGAGACCGAAUCGGCAGUUACAAGGAAGAACUGAGAACAAUCGGAGUGAGGUUUGAAUUCUCGGAGGCGUUGACGUAUAUCGGCGCGCAUCUCAUGUCAAUGGCAGCUAAUUGUACUUUGACAAGAGCAAAUGUGGUUUCACUGCUUCAAUUGAUUAGAUUUCUUCGACAGAAAUUUCUGCCUCCUGAGCACCUCAUCCAGAGCAUCAAAAAUGGCAGGUGGCUAAAGACUCGCCUCGGUUAUUCAUCCCCGGCCGGCUCAAUUCUCUUCGGUUCUGAAUGGACGACGGCUUCCUAUAUCAGUAAUCUCCCUUUUAUUGAUAUCGAGUUCUACGGUGACGAAAUCAUUAACUACAAGACGGAGCUCGAGUUGCUCGGUGUUAUAGUCCGAUUCAACGGCAAUUACCAGAUUUUAGUUGAUAACUUUAAACCAUCUUCAACUUUGAUCGCCGCCGACGCUGUUAUACUGAUACUCAUGUGUGUUCGACAUGUGGCAUCUUCGGGAGAUUUCGUGAAGAAGCUGAAAGAACUGAGAUGGCUUAAGACUAAUCUUGGCUACAAAACUCCAGGAGAAACAUUGUUGGUCGACUCAGAAUGGGAAUGCCUCGUAAAGGUUGUCGACGGAGUUCCGCUGAUUGAUUUGGGUUUCUACGGAGAUCGAAUUAGAUCAUUCCAAGAAGAGCUGACGAAAGUUGGGGUGGUUCUUAACUUGGAAGAAGCUGCAAAGGCUAUUGCUCGUCAAUUCAAGCAGCUCGUAUCCUCGUCUUCUCUGACGAAGAAGAAUGUAUUAGCAUUAUUGGCGUCUUAUCGUCAUCUCAAGGACAGGUCAAGCAAUCUACCUCUUGAUCUUGUAGUUUGCAUGCGGUCCGAGAAAUGGUUACACACCAAGAUGGGGUUUAGAUCUCCGGUGGACUCGAUUCUAUUUGAUUCACGAUGGGAAUCUGUCUCUCCGAUGGCCGUUCUACCGUUCAUCGACGACAGCGAUUCUUGCAAUGGGUUGGGCAAGGAGAUAUGUCGGUACAAAAGUGAGCUUAAGUCUUUGGGCGUAGCAUGCGAACCGGAUGAGGGAGCGAAUUUUGUCGUAACGGGGCUUAACAUUCCUAGUAAUCCUUCAGCUAUAACUCCAGCUAAUGUUAUCUCAGUGCUGAAGUGCAUUCGCAAUUGGAAGAAAACACACAAAGUCUUUCCUAAAGACUUCGCGCAGAGAAUCUGUAAGAGGUGGUUGAAGACAGCCAUGGGUUAUCAAUACCCAGAUGAGUGCAUAUUGUUCGAUUCGAAGUCGUGCUCUUUCAUUCAGAGGGAAGACGGGCCUUUCAUCGAUGAAGCAUUCUACGGAUCGGAAAUCUCGUCCUAUAAAAAUGAGCUCGAAGAAAUCGGAGUGACAGUAGAAAUCAGCCAAGGGUGCUCAUUGAUCGCGCGGCAUCUGAAAAGCCACUCUUCGCUGACUACUAUUUCCAGAGUGUACAGCUUCUUGAAAGAAUUUGAAUGGACUCCGGAAAGUAGAUCUGCCAAUUGGAUUUGGAUCCCGAGUGGAAGCGACAGCGGGGAGUGGGUGUCUUCGAGAAGCUGCGUGCUCCAUGACAAGAACAAUCUCUUCAGGUCGCAGCUUCAUGUGUUGGAAAAGCACUAUGAGAAGCGCUUACUCGGGUUCUUCUCCAAUGUCCUCGGAGUUAAGAGUAAUCCUACGGUCGAAGACUACUGCAUGCUUUGGAGUGUCUGGGAAAUGUCGGUCUUAGAUGUGAAGCCCGCCGACUGUUCUGCUUUCUGGUGUUUCAUUGCAAAGAAUUGGAAUGCAGAUACCGAGAAACGUCUUCUGGAUUGUGUUGCUAAACUUCCGGUAAAUGCCAAAAAUGGGAUCUUACUAUCCGACAAGGAAGAUGUCUUCAUCCCCGACGAUCUGUUGCUAAAGGAUUUAUUCGACGAGGCAUCUGAAGAGUCUAUCUUCAUCUGGUAUCCCUCGACAAUUUCACGGGCCAAAUUAAACUUAAUCUACAGCAGCAUCGGGGUUAGAAAGAUUUCUGAGGCUGUGGAAUAUGAUGAAUCGCACUCACUGGAAAGCGGCAAUGUCAGCCAAGUUGAUGCGAAGAAUUUGAUGAUCAAUAAGACUGGUUUGAUGAAAACCUGCCUUGCUUUUCUCGCCGAUCCUUUGCUUGAUAUAAGUGGUGAAGAGCGGCAUCGAAUUGUUCGGUCCCUUCUCGAUGUUGAAGUCUUGGAGACUAACGAGCAGAUCGCGGCGAGCUAUAAGCUUAAGCUCUCCUCAGGAAGGGAUUUAACUGUGAAAGAAAGCCAGAUGUGCAGGUGGGAGAAAGAAGACUCGAAGCUGAUCGUGCAGAGGAUUGAUGGGUCAUCGGGAAAUAAAGAGAGGAUUGAGUUCGCGACGUUCUUCUCCGACGAGGUGUCCAGAGGCUUGCUGUUUGACAGGGCUGAUCAGAUCGAUUCGCUUGCCGAGAUUAUCAAGAUUGGUUCGCUGUUGGAUUUCGACGAAGCGGCCGUCGAGUUCUUGUUGAAGGCGAAGAACCUGCAACUGUUUGAAGAGGAUGAGAAGUUCCUCUCAUCUGAACUCCCCUCUGAAAAGGUAUGACAUCAGAAACAAAAAGAUAAUAAGCUAUUUAGAUUUCUUCUUUUGUUUCUGUGAAUCUUCUCUCAGACUACUUGUGUUAAACUUUAUUAUGUUGCUUGCUCUUUUCUUUUCCUUUUCGUAUUUCGCUCUUUGGGUGUGUGCAUGAUUAAAAGAACUUAAGGCUUGAUGUUUUGUUGGUUUUUCUUGUUGCUUAUGUUCAUAUGGAUAUUGCAGUGUCUGAACACUCAAAGUGUGCUUUGUAUUUCAAAGUUUCAGUGCUAUAUUUAUGCUGCUUCACCUGAGUUGUUUCAAA